AUGGAAUGCCAAUUGGCAAUUGUUAAAUCUAACUCAAGUCAAAGAGUUAGAUAUUCUAAUGUACUUUUAACCUUAACAAAUAAUCCACCCAAAACAAUUAAACAUGUUCCUCAAUCACCAUUAGGCAUUGAAAUAAAAAAAUCUUCGGAGCCAACUAUAGUUAUACCUUUAUUUGAAAAUAGUAUUGGCAAAAUGUUAACACACAACAUAAAUGGUGGAAUGAUAACAAUAAUUUUUAAUGAACCAAAAAAAAUUAUGUAUAUAAAACAUGGAAAUAAAGAUUACCUUAAGUUACUAGUACUCAAUUUAACUUAUUUACAAAAUGGAGAUAUAGACAAGAUAAAUAUUAAAAAUUUUACAUCAUCAACACGUAUGCCAACAAAACUUGUUUUAGAUACUUUUUCAAAAUUAAAAUCUGCUCAAUAUUCAGAGUUUGUUACAUCACUCACACUCAAUAUAAAAUAUGAUAAGAUGUUUUGUCAAAUAUUAAGAGGAUGUGAAAAAUUGGAAGUACUUAGUAUUAAAAAAGCUUUUGAAACAAGUAAAGUUAUUCUCCCAAAAAUGUUUUUUUAUGCUUUAUUAAAUUUAAAAAAAUUACAAAAUUUUACUUUUGCUGAAAAUUUUUCAAUGGAAACUGAUGAAGUCGCAAGUUUAUUGGAUUCAUUAUCAUGUGAACUUGUAAAUUUAAGUUUAGAGGAUAAUGGAGUAACAGAAUUUCCUGAUAAAUUUGAAAAAUUUCAAAAAUUAAAAGUACUAAAUCUUGGAAAUAAUUGUAUCAAAACUAUACCAUGUUCAUUGACAUUCUUAAACAACUUAAUUGCAUUGGAUAUUACAACUAAAAAUGUUUUACUUUUAUACUUACCAUUAAGAUGUUGGAAUUCAUUUCCACAAACAGAUGUUACUUUUGGUGCUAGAAGUAGUAAUGAUAUUGUUAGAAGACCUCAUGAAGAAAUAAUUAGAGAAAUUACAGAGUCAUGUUAUUGCCAUGUUCAUUCACCACCUAAAUUUAAAGAAGUUUGUAGUUUAACUGAGAUAUGUAUUGGCAAUGGUAAUAUAAAUCGUAUACCUUUUCCUUUACCAUACAAUAUUAAGACUGAUCUUUCAACAGCUUUCUAUUGUGAUUUAUGUUUUAAAUUAAGAUAUAAUGAUGGACAUCAUUGUCAAUUUUCCAGGAGAAUUAUGGCAUUUGGAAGGCAAUUCAUAAUGCCACAUAUGGGUAAUGUUGAUCUUAGUAUAUUUUGUCGUACAAAAUUAUGCAAAUAUUGUUAUGCUUCCAAUCCAACUCCAUUUCUUGUUGAUGAUAAUGAACCAAUCCAAGGUUUUGGAGAAGUAUUAAUUGUUGGUCGAUAA